AUGGGCCUCCUGGACAGGCUAGAGGCCGAGCCUCAAGGUUCUCAAUUUCGAGAAGCGUUUAUUCCGCUCGACCUCACAGGUGAUGCAGGGCUGCCGUUUCGUAUUGUAAAUGCCAUCAGAGACUAUCCGGAACCGAUUGACGGAAUCACCACUGUCACUGAAUUCCUGCUCGUCCCGGUGGCUCAGGCGGCCGAGCAGUUGAACCUAUCGACCUCACCCUCACAGGCGUAUUCCAAAACAGUGAACAAGUAUCAAUGUCGGCUCGAAGAUGGCUCGAACUCCUGUCUUCUUGUUCGCAGCACAGCGGAGCUUCGCGACUUGGUCGCGACCAAUGAAGGAAGCGUGCCUGUACCGGGUCCCCCGUGGAUCGUUAAACCGUGCAAUGGCUGGCACAGUUUGAAUGUUGUCAAAGUCUCCAACUACGAGGCUCUCCUGGAAGCCGUGCAGAAGGUCUCCAGCCAUGUCGCAUAUACCCGGGCUGUACCAGCAAAGGGAGAUCCGCGCUGGCAAACAGAUGUACUGGUUGAAGAAUACUGUGAUGGGCCAGAAGUCGACUGCAACUUUGUGCUCUGGAGAGGCCAGGUUCUAUUCUUCGAAGUAAUUGAUAACUUUCCCUGCUCCGGGGAUGCGGGCGAUGGCUCCGGGAACUUCAAAGAGACGCAGCUACUGUUCCCUUCCGCCUUGCCGCGUGCCGAACAAAACGCACUGCGCGACUCACUGCUCCAAACGAUCCUCCGACUGGGCUUUAAUUCGGGAGUUUUUCAUGUCGAGGCGCGAGUCCGCCACUCCAAUCACGAGUAUCGACAGAUUGACGGACAAACGAUGGAUUUGCACCCGAGAACGUAUCCACCAGCAUCAAAUCCGAGUAUCUUCCUGAUCGAGAUAAAUGCUCGUCCUCCUGGGUAUGUGGACACAUGUUCAAGUGCUUUUGCGAACGGGGUGGACCUCUUCGCGCUACAGAUUCUUAUCGCGCUUGGUGAUGAAGAGCGUGUCCACGCCCUUUCACAACCGUUUCAGGUACCGUCUCAUGUAGCCAUCGCGGCUAUCCAAGCAGAGCGGUCCGGAAUAGUCGUAUCUGACGACCCUUGGGGGGAUCUGAGGCAGAGAGAUCCAGCCCUUAUGGACCAUGUCGUCCAGCAUGUUGUGAAUUUCGAGAAAGGCGAGCACGUAGAGGAUCCUAGCGUCGAUACAACACCAUGGCUUUCGGCUUUCAUGGCAUACUCGACUGCCAGCCGUGCAGAUCUCCUGAAGCUAUGCGCAGAUGUUAAGGCACGAUUUGUUUGCCGCAUUGAGUGA